CACGAUCAUACCACCUUAUACCCGUUCUAUCCUUACCGUUUAUCACUUACCAUUUACAGAUUUACUCACCUCAUCCCCAUCCCAAUUCAUUUUAUAUCAGCAUAUUUAUUUCCAUCAACUAAUAUAUAUUAAUAAGUGAAUGAAACUUUGUGAUAAACGAAUCACAGUAUAAUCAUAUUCAUUAUCUACCAAGAAAAAGUGAAUGUUGUGUGAAAACCUCAAGAUUUUUAUCUUUUGUUUAUUUCUAUUAGAAUCGGUUGGUUUCAAUUUGGUGUGUUCCGAUUUUGGUCCAGCUCCAUCGUAUGAUGUUCAAAUAAAGUGAAUUCAGCCGAGAAUAGAUAUAUCUCAAUUGAAAAGUUAAGUACUAUAAAAGUUCUUCGACUUUCAAGUUCGACUAAAGAUUUUCCAAUUCAUUUGUCCUCGAAGAUUCAACUUAAAAACUCUGAAAUCUACACUUGAAUUUAUUAGUACCUUAGUCAAGUAACCCAAUUUACCCAACUCCAGAAACCCAAUAAUCUGUGGUUCUUCAAGCAAAUCAUUCCAUCAUUUGGGCAUCUCCAAAGAUCAUUAUCUACCUUACAUAAGAAAUGUUUAGAAUCAAGAAGAAAUGCCAGAAUUUGUCUUCAUGGAUUGGCAGGACUAUUAGUGGUAUUUCAAAAGUUACACCAAAUUAUAGAGAACUGAAACUCUCUCAGGAAACCUGCUUUAGAUUGAUAGAUGGAAGUAAACAUGUUCCCAAUUUCAUGUAUCGAGAUCAUGUAUUCAACCAAAUAAAUUUCUUUUCAACAAUGGCUGGAACGAUUUUGGUGCAAGCUCGAGACCCAGCUAAGCUGAACUUUGAUAUACUAAAUGCAGUUGAUGAGCAUCGGUAUGAAGAUGCGUGGAGAUUUUUCGACCAGCACUUGGAGAUGGAAGGUUUUCCUAGGAAGUCUGUGGUAAACAAGCUGCUUGUAAGUUAUGCAGAAACCUCGGACUCCAAGUUGCUGGAACGGGCUUUUGGGUUGGUGGAACGAGCAUUUGAGGAAGGUAAACAGACAUUAUUUGAGAAAGAGACUCUUAUGUACCUUGCUCUUGCUCUGGCUAGAUGCAGUCGGCCAGUGCCAGCAUCUAUCAUCCUCAGGAAGUUAAUAAGAAUGGAAGAAUAUCCUCCGGUAACUGCAUGGUCUGCCAUCUUAGCCUACAUGUCGCUGUCGUCUUCUGGAGCCUAUCUCUCUGCCGAGCUGAUUCUUGAAACAGGCUAUCUGUUUCUGGAUAACCGGAUAGACCCUCGUAAAAAAAGUAAUGCGCCUUUGAUCGCAAUGAAACCAAACACCAUUGCCAUUGGUGUUGCUUUAGCUGGGUGCCUUAUGUCUGGGACGACUAGGAUAGCGGAGCAGCUACUAGACAUUAUGCCUAGGAUUGGUGUGAAAAUUGAUGCUAACUUAUUAGUCCUCAUGGCACAAAUUUAUGAAAAGAAUGGGAGGAAGGAAGAACUAAAGAAGCUGAAGAGACACUUUGAUGAAGCUCACAACCUGAAUGAUGUUCAGCUUCGGCAGUACUAUAAUUGCUUGCUUAGCUGCCAUUUGAAGUUUGGGGAUUUGGAUUCUGCUUCUCAAAUGGUUCUAGAAAUGCUUCGUAAGGCAAAAGAAGCUAGCAAUUCUCUAGCUGCGGCCACUCUUAAGUUUGAGCCUGCUAAAGAAGGAAACUUGUCGCAUUCUCCAAAAGUUUCCGAUGCAAUGGAGUUGGGUACUGAGGAUAAAGGUGGAUAUCAGCUAGGUUCUUUGAUAUCUUUUGAUGAUUUCUGCAGAGAUCGGAAUUUCAUUAGUUUGGAGGGUGAGGCCAAAAAAAUACUGAUGUACCUAUCAAUGAACUUGCAAAAGCAAGUCGAAUUGAUCAUGACUGAGCGUGGUAUUCUUCAAGCAACAGAAAAAGCGUAUGUGAAGCUAGCAAAGGCGUUCUUGGAAGCUGGUAAAACUAAGGAGUUGGCUGAGUUUCUAAUCAAGGUUGAGAAGGAAGACUCCCCAUCUUCUGUUGAAGAUUCAGCAUUGAUCGAUGUCAUUAAUUCAUGCAUUUCGCUUGGUUUGUUAGAUCGAGCGCAUGAUCUUCUUGAUGAAAUGCGUUUUGCUGGUAUUAAGGCCAGUACUUCUGUGUAUUCCUCACUUCUUAAAGCGUACUGCAAGGAAAAACGGAUGAAUGAGGUUACGUCACUUUGGCGGGAGGUUCGGAGGGCUGGGAUUCAGCUGGAAGCAAGUUGUUAUGAAGCAUUAAUACAGUCAAAAGUGCUACAAAAAGAUACUCAAGGCGCUCUGCAUCUCUUCAAAGAGAUGAAAGAAGCUAAAUUACCAAGAGUUGGUCAUCGAGGAUUUGAAGUUCUGGCUGGGAGCUCCGCCAAGAGUAGUGAGGCAGGUUUUAUGGCCAAACUCUUGGAGGAAAUCAAGGAGGGGGAAGUAGUGGACUGUGGAGUUCAUGAUUGGAAUAAUGUGAUUCAUUUCUUUUGUAAAAAGAGAUUAAUGCAAGAUGCAGAGAAGGCUUUGAAGAAGAUGAGGAGCUUGGGACACACCCCGAAUGCACAAACAUUCCAUUCUAUGGUUACUGGAUAUGCAGCCAUUGGAGGAAAAUACAUUGAGGUGGCAGAGCUGUGGGGUGAGCUGAAAAGUCUUGCUGCUGCCACAUCAAUGAAGUUUGAUCAGGAACUCCUCGAUUCUCUUUUGUACACUUUUGUUAGGGGUGGGUUCUUCGUCCGAGCAAAUGAGGUUGUGGAGAUGAUGGAGAAAGGGAAAAUGUUCGUCGACAAGUACAGAUAUCGUACCCUCUUCUUGAAGUACCAUAAGACGCUGUACAAGGGAAAGACUCCAAAGUAUCAGACGGAAGCCCAAUCAAAGAAAAGAGAAGCUGCUUUAGCUUUUAAAAAAUGGGUUGGCUUAUUUUAGAGGAAAACGAACAGUUGACUGAAGCUGAACUACUCGGAAUGAUGUAGAUUUAUUUGAGAAUAUUUGUUUGAACCUUUAAAAGUGGAGGCUUGGUGGCUUUUCUUGGGUUUCCAAACAAAAUUCAAUAGUUCUCAGAACAGGCUGCUAUGGCGGUCCGACCAGUUUUCAAUGUUGAACCAUAUUUCCUGGAAGCAAGAGAAGGAAGGAGUGCAUACCAAAGGUCAUUCGGAACGACAUAACAAGGCUCGGAAGGAUGGCAAAGCAUCCAUCAGCCACCUGUACAGUACUUCAGUAAGUUUCUAGGAAGAAGAACCCAAUUUCUUCGAAAAUCAAAGGCAAGGAGGACAAGCCAUUGUUGUACUCAGUUGUUGCAUCGAGCGAAGGAAGAGGAGAGACCAAAGAUGGCUGCCAUUGUUGCUUAAUUUCAGAACUUCAAGUAACAAUGGUGAUUAGGCUAUCUUUCGAAAAUUCAGAGAACAAAUAAGAAGGAGGUUGCAAAAAAACUCAAAGGAAUGUAUGAUGAAAUCUGUUUGUUCGAAAAUCAGAAGGGCAAGAGAUGUGUACUGAGAAGUAGCUGCCAUUGUUGGUUCUUUUUGAAGGAAAAGUUUAGGGAAGGGGGCUUUUGUUUUACUGUAUUUGGCUUAGGCAAGGGAGGUGAAUAAUAAUAUUGUUAGGGCAAAACUUGAUUUGAGUUUUUAGUACAUAAAAAAAUAGAAAAUAGGGAUAAUAGAGGAAAUGAAAUUAAAUAAUAAUUGGAAAAGAAAGAAAGAAUUAAUUAUUAAUUAAUAAAAAAAUUUAAAAGAGGUAUAUCUUAUAGGUCCAAUUAUUUAUUUUGUUAUCUUAGCUCACAAUUAUUUAUUUCACUCAAUCCAAAAUAAUUCU